AUGCCAAAGUGUAGAAAUUGUGGUCAUACAGAAUUUGAGCGAGACCACUCAAAUGCAAAUAAUGAUUUGGUGUGUAAGUCAUGUGGUGUUGUGUCGGAAGACAAUCCUAUAGUUUCAGAGGUUACUUUUGGUGAAACAAGCUCCGGAGCCGCCGUAGUUCAGGGUUCUUUUAUUAGAGCUGGCCAGUCUCAUGCCUCAUUUGGUACAUUGGGAGGUGCAAGCGCCUUGGAAUCACGUGAGGCCACACUAAAUAAUGCCAGGCGUAAGCUACGUGCAGUGUCCCAUGCGCUAUAUAUACCCGAGUAUGUUACGGAUGCUGCCUUUCAGUGGUACAAAUUAGCGUUGGCAUACAACUUUGUACAGGGCAGAAGGUCACAGAAUGUGAUAGCUUCGUGUUUGUAUGUUGCAUGCAGAAAGGAGAAAACCCAUCAUAUGUUAAUUGACUUUUCAUCGCGGUUGCAAGUCAGUGUAUACUCUAUUGGAGCCACGUUUUUGAAGAUGGUCAAAGCACUACAUAUAACCGACUUACCUUUGGCGGAUCCGUCGUUGUUCAUCCAGCAUUUUGCAGAAAAACUAGAUUUGGGAGAUAAGAAGAUAAAAGUCGUGAGGGAUGCGGUAAAAUUAGCGCAGCGCAUGUCCAAGGAUUGGAUGUACGAGGGACGGAGGCCUGCUGGUAUCGCAGGUGCUUGUCUCUUAUUGGCAUGUCGAAUGAACAACAUGAGGAGAACACAUUUUGAAAUCGUCGCUGUAUCUCAUGUUGCAGAAGAAACAUUGCAGCAACGAUUAAAUGAGUUCAAGAAUACUACAUCGGGGAAGCUAUCUAUCAGGGAGUUUAGAGACACAGAACAAGAAGACCAACAGCCGGCGCAAGAUAGUAAGCCGCCAAGUUUCGAGCGGAAUAGGCAAAAAGAAAAAUUACAGUCCGAACAGUGCGAGACCAGCGAUGAGGCGAUAGUCAAAAAUCCAAUUCUUUCACAGGUUCUUGGCGAACAAGAGCUUUCUUCGAGGGAGGUGUUAUACUAUUUAAAGCAAAUAUCUGGUCGUAGGGAGCAAUCUCAGAAAGAUGUGUUGGCAGGAAAAGAAACCAAUGACCAGCACAAGAAGAAAGAUACAAAUAAAAGCCUAAAACGGUCGCAUUCGGAGAUAGACGAUGCCCCUUCAGGAGAAUCUCAGGAUAAAGAAGACAACCCCGAUGGAGCCAAAAAUUUCCAAGAUGCAAUCGAUGGCUUUUCAUUAGAAGAGGAUCCACAUAGACCCAGAAACCUCCAUUUAUUACCUUCAACACAGUCAUUACUCGAUAAAAUCAGUGACGAUCCAGAAAACUUGGAUGAUGUUGAUGACGAUGAAUUAGACGCCCAUAUUUUGGACGAGGAGGCAUCAAGACUUAAAGAACGCAUAUGGAUUGGUAUAAAUGGAGAAUAUUUAUUGGAACAGGAGUCUAAGCGGUUAAAGCAGGAAGCGGAUCUUGCUUCUGGAAACACGUCGGUAAAGAAGAAAAGAGGUACCAGGCAGAAAAGGAAUAAAAACUCAGGUAACGGUUUGAGUCCAGAUGAACUCUUUAUAGCGGAUGCGUCUGGUUUACAAUCUGCACUAAAUAUGGUGAAUGAUCCAGCCGAUAUAACAACGGCUGACUCUGUCAAGCAAAUGUUACAGAAGACAAGUUUCUCCAAGAAAAUUAAUUAUGAUGCGAUAGACGGUUUAUUUGGAGGCUAG